AUGCAGCUCACCAAGACACUUGUCACCCUUCUCAUGGGCAUGACCGUGGCGUCUGCCCUUGCUCUGCCUCCGCAGGCGCAGGCAGACGGUCUGGCUCCCCGCGCAGAAGCUGCGACAGCUGCCGACAAGAAUAAGAAGAAUGGGAACAAGAAUACCAACGCCAACAAAGGGAAGACUACAGCAAAGGCUGCUGGUGGUGAUAAGUGUGCGAACGCCAAGAAAUUGGCUGCUGGCAUCGACAAGAACAUUCAGAUCCAAAAGAAGGAGCAAUCAAACGUUGCUGCUGUCAAGAAGAUUGUGAAUUCCAACAACAUCAACCAGGGCCAGUUCGACCAGGCGAAGAAGACGCUCCUCGCUACUGUUAAUGAUGGAAUCAAAGUCCGCGAGGCGAACCAGAAGCUCGCCCAGGGUAACGGUGCUUCUAGUGGUCUGAACACUGUUGCUAAGGCUCAGUCUACUGAGCUAAAGCAAGCCCAGAGCUUGAAGGGAACCAAGGCCGAUCUACAGGUCAUUGCUCAACUGGAGAAGGAAUUCGCCGGUGGCAUCGAACAGAACACAAAGAACAAGGCGGCUGCCCUGAAGGGAUGCUGA